GCCAUUGGUUCCGAUGCAAUGGGCCAGGAAGGAUAAAUACCGCCAUACACCCUCGCCUCUAUAAGAGAUCAUCAAGCAGAAAGCUUCCAAGUCAAUCUACUACUCUACUACUCUACCACCAUUUCCAGCCAUGGCCAUCAUCGCAGUCGCAGGCGGAACCGGCAACUUGGGACGCGCCAUUGUCGAGGCACUGAGGGACACUACGAACCACUCUGUCUAUAUUUUGACCAGGAAGGCCGACGACGAGCAAGCAAAAACGCUCGGCAUUCCACUCCUCCUCGCAGAUUAUUCCAAUGUUGAGGCACUCACCAAGCUGCUCGAAAGCAAUAAAAUCGACACCGUCGUCUCCGCCGUAUCUAUAAUGGACGACGCCACCAGCACCGCGCAGCUGAACCUCAUUGAGGCUGCCGAGCGCUCCUCGAGCACCAAGCGAUUCAUCCCGAGCGAGUACGGCAUACGGUACACCGAAGCACAUGCAGGGCUCUUCCCACCGAGCAAGGGCAAACUCGCCGCAGCCGCAAAGCUGCGCUCAUUCAAAACCCUCGAGUACACCCUUGUCUCAAACGGAAUCUUCCUUGACUACUAUGGGAUCCCCAAGGUGAAGAGCUACCUGAACCACAAAUUGGACAUCGCCGUCGACGUGGCAAACAACGUCGCAGCGAUCCCGGGAAAUGGAGACAUGCCUGUCGUCUUCACGCACACGUUUGACGUGGCCAAGUUUGUUGCUGCCCUGGUGGGCGCGCCAGAUUGGCCUGAGCGGAGCACGGUCAUUGGUGAUAAGAAGAGCUGGAAGGAGUUUGUUGCUAUUGCCGAGGAGGUUAAGGGUGUCAAAUUCACCAUCACACACGACUCCGAGGAGCUGUUGAACUCGUUCAAGAUCACCGAGCUGCCCUCGCAUUCGGAAUCCUAUUCGUUCUUGCCCAAGGAACAGCUGCAGGGACUCCUCUCUAUAUUUGGCCGCUGGACAAUUGCGGGCGAGUUUAAUUUGCCUGAGGAAGGGUCGCUCAACCAGCGUUUCCCGGAGAUCCACCCGCGGAGUGUCCGGGAUGUUCUUCAGGAGGGAUGGGGAGCUUAGCGCAGCCAUAGCUCUUCGGAUCAGGCGGUAUAGUGGUCGUUAGUUAGUGACUGAAAUGGGAACAGUGCUGGAGAUCAAUGUUCUAUGGGAGCCCGCGGGUAUACGGAAUAAGCCUUCCGUGAUCUUUGUACAGGGUUGGGCGUCGAACGUCGUUCGCCAUCGGUAGUAUGCAUUUCCUACCCCGCACUCAGCAUGAUGUUCGAUGUUCCUGAUGGUGAGCUGGCGACGAGGAUAAUUUCCGCAGUAAUGUAAGGGGUAGGCCUCUCUUUAGACCGCAUGUGGUGUAUAUGGUGCUUCCUCGUGGCUGAGCUAAACCAAGGCUUUAUAAUAGGGGAUACUGGUCAUUGUUGUUUCCCGGAAUCCAGCGUACAUGCUCUACCUCUGCACUAAAGGCUCAAUGAAGUCGGUUGAUCUUUUUUAGUGCAGU